UCAUAGGUAUGCAGAUCCCUAAUUAUGGCGUAGAUCUGGGUGGAACUCCGUACAUCGUGAUAACCUUUGAAAAUAAUCGAGUGGUAGUUGUUACAAAUCACAACUAUGGAGAUUACGAGAAGUAUGAAACGGCCACGUUCAUAUCAGCCGAUGUUACAUUCACAUGUGCUCCAGGAAGUCCACAAACAAGCCUAACUGUGACAUUCAGGAUUGAUGUGGUAGAUACGAACAAUAAUGCCCCAGAAUUUAUACCAUCUAGUGGUGUUGUGUAUACCAUCUCAACGCCAGUGCCACCAUACUACGAGAUAACAGGUUGCGGUAACGAAAUUGUGGUUCGUGAUAUAGAUCUAACUACAAAUGCAGUACAUUUCACAGUAGACAAUCCAGACUUUGAAAUUCAGAGCGUAGUACCAACUGAGAGACCAAAAGAAUUCAAAGCUAUGUUAAGAACUACUACUUUAAUCAGAAGUAUUCCAGAGGACAUCGUUUGAGGAUAACUGCAACCGACGAAGAUUUAACCGGAGAUCCUCCUUUGACAACUGAAACUAUGAUUACCAUCGCUGGCAACAGGGAUUUCUUGAUGCCCGAUGAAUUGGGUUUCUC